AUGGAAUUUCAGAUGGCGGUGCCGGAUGGAUGCUGUCCAGGCGAGACAAUUUACAUGGACUUGCGAGAGGGCGGUGGAUAUACAGCCAACUCGCUCAGCAGCAAGCAGAAGAGCAACUCUAGACCUCCCUCCGCCGUUCGGAAGCUGGUGAAGGAGGAAUUGGUGGCGCCAGAAGAGAAGGAUGAGACCAUCACGGCUUCCCCGUCUGUCCCAGCCGAAAUUCUGGAAAUCACCAUCCCGGAGGAUUGCCACCCUGGCGACUCCUUCAUCAUCGAGGUGAACGACGUUGAGCUGGAGCUUACGGUUCCUGCCGGAUGUCAGCCAGGGGAGGUGAUCUACAUGGACUUGCUGCCUGAAGGCACCCUGACCAACUCCCGGCCUGCCUCCGCGACCACCGCGGACGACAAGUUGAACUCCCGACCAGCCAGCGCCAAGAAGACCAGCGUGGUCUCCGAACAGGUGCAGAUCGCUCCUUUGCCCCGUGGCAUUCCGGAGCAUCAGCUGGACAUGAACCAGCCGGCACGUCUCACGAAGACGCUGGAGGCCAUGGGCUGGACCAAGGAGAUCCAGCAACUGAAGCAGGAAGUGGCGCACUUGAAGAGUGUGCAGAUCGCUCCUUUGCCCCGUGCCAUUCCGGAGCAUCAGCUGGACAUGAACCAGCCGGCACGUCUCACGAAGACGCUGGAGGCCAUGGGCUGGACCAAGGAGAUCCAGCAACUGAAGCAGGAAGUGGCGCACUUGAAGAGUGUGCAGAUCGCUCCUUUGCCCCGUGCCAUUCCGGAGCAUCAGCUGGACAUCAACCAGCCGGCACGUCUCACGAAGACGCUGGAGGCCAUGGGCUGGACCAAGGAGAUCCAGCAACUGAAGCAGGAAGUGGCGCACUUGAAGAGUGGAGUCUCCGCAGCGGCCCCUGAUGCGCCUGCGCCGGCUGCACCCGGCAGGGCACUGCGUGCUGCUGGUCUCCGCCAGCUUGCCGGCGCUGCCGGAAAUCCAUCGCCGGGAGCGGCUGGUCAGCCCCCUGGACAAGGACGAUGCCGGCCGUGA